AUAAAAUAUGUCGGAUACUGAAGCUAUAACCGAAGACGUAAAAAUAGAGAAUAAAGAGGACAUAACUCAAACUGAAAUAUCGUCAGAACCAUUAUCCGUCAUACAGCCAGUAUCCGUUGACCCAGCAACUUCAGAGUCGCAACAACAGCAACAAGAACCAUUAUCACCUUCUUGUCAAGAGGACCAGGAGCUUAUAGACAUCACCACUGUUAAGGCUGAAGACACCUAUAUAGACACCUCUAUUAUAUCCUCUGAUACUACCACUAACAAUGCUACUAUCACUCCCUCUUCUACUGCCACCAGUACCACUAAAAUCGCUGUUACUGCGCCAGAUACUUCCACUCCUAUUAUCACAACUACAACAACUACAACAAGUACCGCUAAUAUAGCAACUGAACUUCCUGAACCUUCUGAAGGUACCAAACAUUCACAACCAUCCACAACAGAAGUGCAUAAUCCUAUCACUUCAACAUCUUCAACUCAGAAUGACUCUCCAUUACCUGCUACUCAAGGGUCCACAACGAACAUAAAAACGCAAGAGAAUGUGCCGGUCACCUCCACUUCACCAACCACUGCAAAAUCCACCACUAAUUUCGAAGAAAUUCAAAACCAACUGAAGAAGACUCUUGAUCAUAUUGAACAACGAAACAUGGUGAGUGGAUUUCGUACCUUAAGUAAGGCAACAGGUGCUGUUGUUGAUCACUGUGAACAAUUAGGUCUUACUUCGGAUGAUCAUCCUUAUAAUGCAAUUGAUAGAGAACAAUUUUGGGCAGGUCUGAAUAAUUGUUGGUUAUAUGCUUUGGCGCAACGGCAUGAACCAAGUCAACCAGAGGAAAAGAUGACUGAUCAACAAUUACGUAGAUUACGAGAACACGUCGUGACAUGGGCUGAUAAAUUAGAACGAUAUGGAUUAGUAGAUUAUGAAAUGGGAUGGUGGGAAGCGGAUAUUCUGGCAGCCAUCGAUGCAAUAUUAGCAUCAUCACAAGCUGCAGUAGUUGCACAGGCGGCAAAUACUCUGUUUAGAGAAGAAACAUCAUCUUAACACUGUUUUUAAUAAAUAUAUAUAUAUAUAUAAGUAAAAAUAUACACAAAACGUAUAUGUAUAUAUAUCUUUUUGCAUUUU